UUGGCUUGAGCAUGUGUGUGGCUCUUCUUUAGAUUGCGAACGUUUUUCUGAGCAUUUUUCGGGACGUUUUUCUGCGAAAGUAAGUUACCUUUGUUUUUACUCUCAUCUGCCCUCUAGAGCGGGAAAUCGGGAGAAAUCGAGGUUCCAAUGCACUUCCAUGACUUUCGCCCGAUACUUGCAAAAGCGUUGCAAAAAAUGAGCAUAGUUCGUGCAUGUCACACGAGGGAAUUACAUUUCGGAGUAGACAGAGGGUUAUGUGUGCUUGAAUUUGUGUAAAAGGCCUCCCCCAUUCCUCAGUAAUCCCUAGCCAAAUGCUUUAAGUAAAUUGCUUCUAUGUAAUGUCGACGUUGAUUAUUGCAUAUAUGGCAAUUUUUCCACGGGUUAAUUACGAAAAUAUGUUAUCGCCUUUUCCUCCAACGAUUGAUUUUAUCAGCACUACAAUUAGGAGACUUCCUUGCUGGCGACUGGCUGAUAUAGUUAAAGUCUUAGAGGCCGAUUUGCCGUUACUGUCGUUGCCGUUGACAUGUGUCAUAGUCAUGUCAUGGCAGGUUACCCUCUUAACAGUUACUGUACCAGUUCUCAUCCUUAGUACUCCCCAGUUAGUUGCAAUGACACUGUAUUAGGGCCAUUAUAAAUCAUCCUCGAAACAUGAACUGCUCCCAAUAACUUUCUCCAUGCUAUACUUUGACACAUUGUCAUAAGCACUUUGUUUAUUACUCUCCCUUCUACUCUUACAGGCUGUCAUUGGUACUCUAUAUGAUACACACCAUUCAUGGCAGCACUAUCUUAGCAAGGUGUCUUUCCUUAAAAAUACAAAGGCACAAUGACCUUGGCAAGAGUUUAAUGAAGGGCUCUUGAUGCAGAUUCUAGUGUUUAAUCAAAUCAUUUGCAAAGUUUCCCUCACUCAAGAGUGCAUAUACCCUAUAACUGAGAUGUUGACCUGUGAUAUGUGCAUUCAUUGAUCAGAUUACAUAUGGCAUCUUGGGCCGUGCUAUUUGAAUCACAAAUGGCGAUUACCCAGAUUUAAUUGCCUUGGUAACCUGUGAUUAAUAUAGGUAUUUUACUCAGGGUUUUGAAUAGCAGAUCUUAAUGGGAGGGGUGCUGUACUUCACAUCAAAAAAAAUUGUAAGGACCUGUAACAGUCAUAUGGCAAGGUCAUUGGGGGUCAGGGUGAGUUUUAGUACCCCAGGAUUAAAAGGAAACCUUCUCAACAAGCCAAUUUGCUGUAAACACAGUUUGAUUUUAUUUAUGCCAUUGUAAUUCUUAGAUUGCUACAAUUUAUUUUGGUCAUGAUUAUGUCAAGAUCAGAGCAGUUCUCUAAUUCUCUUAUGAAAGUUCUAUGGAAAGUCAUGAUUGUUUCAGGGUAUGUUUUAUCUAACAGUGAUUUAUUAAUGUAUGUAUAGGUAUGAUCACAGUAUUAUCCACAAAUGAAAUUCUAGGCAGCCUUCACUUUGUAAAUUAUUCUCCUAAUUUUUUAAUUCUUUUCUUCUGUCUCUCACUCCCGAUCAUAAGUUUAACAAAUAAUUGAAAAUGUUCCAACUGAGAAAAAAACCUUGCUGGAGAAAACCAGCUGAAUUACAGAGUCAUUUUUAGAGUGUCCUUUUUUUGAUAGUCAUAAAAGCGAAUGGUGUAGUGAUCUUUAUGAAUGUCGAUAACAUCUUUGUCUCAAUUUAUUUGUUUUUUUACAGAGUAUUGAUCUAUGGAUCUCAUGCUAUAUUGAUCAACUUGUGUAAAAAUGAAAAUGGGAAAAUUCCAUUCAGUUCUGCAUCAGUGGUCUUGUUGAGUGAAGUCAUGAAGGUACUUAAUUGCAUGGAACUGUAUGUUACAGUUGAAGAAGCAUUUUCUUUUCUAUUUUAUUCAUGAAUGUUUGUCAUGUUCAUUGCUAAUUAUGUUAGCUAUGAUUUUGUGAAAUUUCCUCUUUCUACAUGUAGUUUGUCUUCUCUGUUGCCUUCCUAAUUCCAGAGAUGCUGCGUGGUGCUGUGCAUUUUCUGCCAUUAAAAACCCUUGUGUUCUUUUCCAUCCCUGCUCUUCUGUACUGCAUCAGUGACAACACAGCAGUACAUGUGCAAGGUUACCUUGAUCCAGCAAGCUUUCAGGUAUAGUUUAAGUAUAAUCCUCAAAUUCUUCAUUGAAGUAAAGAUUUAGUAUGAGAUUGUAAUUGUAAAAAUGAACAAUAAUUCUCAUUUGCCCAAGUUUAUAAAUUGUAUAAUUUUUUGCCUGUUGGAAGAUGAAAAACAUCUCCAAAAUUCUUGAAUUUUGUAGUUAUGGUUUAGGUCCUGUGUAAUUUUAAGAUAGGAAUCACAGGCAUUCUCUACUGGCUUGUUAUCAGAAGGUAACUUUUAAGGAAUAUUUUGAGUGUUAUUAUUAUGCUCUUGUUUGUCCUCCUCAUCAUCAACAAAUGAAAAAAAAAAGUAAAGUAAAAUCAAAAUUUGAAACUUUUUAUCAGGAGCAUUUCAGAGAAGCAGUGGAUUGCACUUGGACUGAUUACUUUAGCUGGGUGUUUUAACAGGUCAGUUUUAACUAACUUAAACCUUACUUAACUUUUAUGGGGUUUUCAUGAAGAAAUGUGGUUGCAGCAGAGUGUGUUAAAUAACAGAAGAAUAUUCUCUAUAUUUGAAUAAAAAUAGGUUGGCUCAUCAAAAUUCAGCUGUACAGUAUAAUAUUUUGGAGUAGCCAGAUAGUUCUGGAAUCUUUAGUGCUUAAUAAACCUCAAGUAAAUCUUAUUUUUAGCUUGGGUUUCAUCUUGUAACCUAUGCAAUUUGAGUUAAUCAUCUGUUACAAGAGAAAAGGUGUAAACUUGUGAUCUCAGUCAAUCGUGCUAAAUAUUUCAUGAGAUAAGUACUUUUUCUUGCAUAGUUAUGGUGGACUGAAAAAUGCUCAGGACAUAAUACAAGUGCGUAAUGACUGUGAAACUCACAAAUCAUGGCCAGUCAAUUUGAGUGAGUGUGUGUGGAUCUUUGCGUGUACCAAGUAACAACUGACAUCCUAUAGCAAAAUGUUUUCUUUAUCUAUCAGAAUACAUCUUGAAGAGGCAGUAUAAGGUAAGUUUGAUGCUUAAGUUAUUUGCAUACAAGUUUACUAUACCUUAAUAUUAAAGCCACUUUCAUUCUACGUGUCAAACUACCUGUCAUUACUAAGUAUAUGGAUAUAAUUCAAACUGAAAAAUCAUAAUUUAAAAAAAAAGAUUAGAAAAGUGAAAUUACUUGUGUUUUGGUUUCCAAUAUUUCGAAUUUCAUAUUUCAAAUUCCAUAUUUCCUAAUUAUAAGCAUGAUUUCAUCUUUUGCCAGGUUUCUAUUCACUUGCAAAACACUUUGAUGUAUUUGUAUGGAAUCAUUUUCAAUCUUUUGGCUUACACUUCAACAAAUCACUCAGCAGGAACCAUCUAUGACACAUCUGCGGGUCAGUUUUAUGUUGUUUGCAGGGGCUGUGUUAACUAGUAUGGCAGUGAUAGUUUAGAGAGAACAAGCAGUGGAAUCCAAAUUUUUGAAAGAUAUUUUUUUUGGUUGCAGAAGUCAGAACUGGAUAAUUACUUCAUGAUAAAAUUGUUUGUUCAAAGCAAUUAAGAAAUAUUGAGAAAACCACUGAAAGUUUUGAAUUGAUUUGUCAAUUCAUAUACUUAGUUAUUUCCCUUCCAGCUUUUUAUUGUCCAAGCUUCUCAUUGACGUUUUUUGCUGUCUUUUUGUGUGUUAGGAUUUUUUCAUGGUUAUUCAAAGUGGACUGUGGUGAUCGUUUUCUGCCAGGUAAGUUGUGUAAGCUUUUACAUGACGAGAUUAAAGCAAACGACAAAUGGGUAAACAAAUAAACAAAUAGAUAAAAAAAUGAAUAACUAAAGUCGAACCAAGGGGCACUCAUCAAACGUUUGUACAAGGAUGUUACGCCUAAAGCUUCAUAUCGUUACUUACCCCUUUCUCCGACAUAUACCUUUCAAAAUGUUCACACAAUUACUAGCUGGUUUUUUCCUCUGGUUAUGGAGAGAGAGCUUGAUGCGGGAACAGAUUAAGAUGACGCGGGAUGAGGGCUGUACAGGGUGUGUCCUGGCAAAGAAGAAAACGUUUUUCUGCGGUCUCGACCCAGUCUCUUCCCGUUCGUGUGUCAACACGUCAAUGCGUAGGACCGUGAGAGAAAAAGAAACAACCUUUUGUUAGUCAAUUUAACUUGUAGCACAUAAAAAGCAGGGAUGAAGAGACGCGUUUUAUCCAAAACUGAGAGAUUUGUACUCACUUCUGUUCUGAGCACUCCUUUAAAAAGAGCGGUUGACCUUUUAAAAUACAUGAAUGACUUUACCUCACGAAAUCCUCAGCCUUGUAGUAUGGCUGAAAAGGGUUCCACUACCCGGCCGAAAAUCUCUAUAGAGGAAAGGGGGGGGGGUGGUACCUUACAACUACGCCAAAGAGUUAAAUGAUGGCAGCCUUUAUAAGGAGAAUAAUUCUUGCUUCGUUAAAUUUCAGGCCACGAGUGGACCUAUUUUAUCAGCGGUUAUGAAACACUCCAGUAACCUGAUCCGUUUGCUAAUCAUAGCUUGUGCAAUGAGCGUCAAUACAGCCUUGUCCAUGGCUAUAUUCUGA